AUGGCAAUGUCUGAUUCCGAGUUCUCCGAGGUUAUCUUUACAAAAAACUUGCCUCAGUCUCCUCUGUUACAUUCCAAGCCAAGUCGACACACAAUUGAACAGUUUAGACAUGCACCCCGCAGUCUAUUCGACGAGAUCCGUCAGCCGGAUUGGCCUCUUUCUGAAAAGAUCACAGAAGAGGAAGAUCCGGAUGAGAUUGAUGCCGAGACAGUGAUUGGCUUACUGAGGCAAGAGAACCUAGAGCUAUUGGAGUCUUUGCGAACUAUGAAAGAGGAAUUGGAGCGUAGUGAACAGGAAAACUUCGUAUUGCAACGCGAUCUUUCAGCAAAACUCAAUACAUCGGAUGAUUUGAUCCUUCAGCUUCGUAGUGUCUAUUACCAACAAAUACAACUUACAAUGAAACGUGUUGUACAGGCAGCCCAGGAAGCACAGCGUACACUGGCAACACGUUUGAGGGAGUCUGAACUGGAACGACGAAUGGUAUUACAGGUCACUCAGCGCUUGACAGGUGGAUCAAUUAGUCCAUGCUUAGAAGAAACAGAGGAACAGAAUGAACAACUACGGGCCGAACUGGCCAAAAGAUCAAAGGCGUUGUUGACGCUCGAAGAACGACAACAUCAAGCAGAUCUCAAAGCGUGUGAAUUGGAGUGGAAUCGUAUCAACGGACGGGUGAUGGCACAUUUUGACAAGUUGUUUGGGUCAACGGACAACCUCAAGCCAGAAAGUGUGGAGAUAAAGAUAUUGAUGUGGAACCUCAAGUCCCCUGAAGACACCCUUCGGACCGAGUUACAAUGGACACGACAGCAGUUAGAAAACGAAACGGAACGGUGCAUGGAUCUUGUCUUUCAAAAGCGUUAUCUGGCUAUGGUCAAUGCAGCCCUCGAGUCAAGGCAAGUUAAUUCAACUAAUUAA